UAGUUUUAGGGGAGGGUCUACUCUAGUGCUCUCACACAAAACUAGCUACCUGCUGCAGCAUUAGUGUAAUGCUUUGCUCUGUAGGCUAGCUUGUUGUCAUCAAAGCUGCAACCUAGGCUAGGAUAUAGCCAGGUACAUAAAUUUUGCUGCAGCUAGAUCUACCUAUAGCUUCUGUUUAAGCAUGGCUGAGCUUUCUCCUACUGGUGAUGGAGCUGGUGGUCCUGGACUCAAGACCAAGAUAGCUACCACCAGGAAACACUUGAGAAGGGAUCAGGCAUCCACCAAAACAAAGAGGUCUUCAGUAAUGCCGGCAGAUGCCAUCAAAGAAAGACAACAACGUCUGAAAGAAGAGAAGGAAGCAAAAAGAGCAACUCUUGAUUCAAGACAUCAGUACGUCUUUAGUGUGGUUGCCACAAAACUUUGUCUUGAAGAGAGUCAAGUGGAGGAUUUUGUUCUCGAAGGAGAUGAAGUUCAACAAAUAGAAGAUUUUUUUGCUCCUAAUGGCUCCAAGUGUCUCCUGUUCUUUUACGAAGAAACUACUACAGUGGAGGGAGAGAGUGAGUUUGUCACAGAUGCAUUCAAUGUGGCUGUAAUAGUUUUAACCUUAAUCUAUCAAUUAUGCAUUACAGAAAAAAAGGUGACAAAGAACCUUUACCUGACAGAUGGUACCAAAGAGAAAUUCCCGGGACUUGGAAUCUUCUUUAUUCGUACAACGUCUAAAGGUCUUACCACUUCAAAUGUGGCCAAUGAAACAUUCUUUGGGAUCCUUGAAGCUAAUGGAGGAGGUCUACUUGAAGCUGUAGAAUCAUUGCUCACCAAGGUGUUCAUACCAGCUCUACAGUGCCAAACUAACUGGGGAAACCUCUCGAAGGAUGCUAAUGGUCAUGUAAGAAAAGAAGCUUUCCUCAGCAAACUGUCGUCGUUCGUAGCCGUAAUAGCCAAUGCACGUGCGAGCAUAGCGAAUGCUGUGAAGCUGACACCAUGCUCUCAUCCAGUCCUGGCGGGCAUCUCCAGCCCUGCAGAGAUCAUGGCUGUCGCUGGCCAGCCAGAGACAGUGGAGGCAGCGGAGGACACCACUCUGGUCUGGUGCAAGGAGAUCGAGCUCAUCCUCACUCAGUCGGAGCAGAUGCGUAAGGAGUCUGAUAGUGUGGGCCCGAGGGCUGAGCUGGAGCACUGGAAGAAGAGAAUGGCCAAGUUUGACUCCCUCACCACUUGUGUAAAGAGCCCUCAAUGCAGAGCAGUCAUCAGCGUGCUGGUGGCCAGCAAAUCCAAAGUCUUGCAGAGGUGGAAGGAUCAGGACAUGACCAUCACUGAUGUCACAAAUGAGGCCAAAGACAACGUCAAGUUCCUGUACACCCUGGAGAAGUAUUGUGAGCCUCUCUACAAGUGCAAUCCAGUGACAAUGUUAGAUGCCAUUCCGGGACUCAUGAACGCCAUUCGCAUGAUCAACAGCUACUCUCGCUACUACAACACAUCUGACCGGAUGACGGCACUUUUUGUGAAGGUGACGAACCAGAUGAUUACAGCGUGUAGGGCCCACCUCACGGACAGUGGUUACCACAAAGUGUGGGAGCAGGAAGUGGGUGUGGUUCUUCAGAGGAUCUCUGAAUGCCUCAAACUCAACGACGAGUACCAGGCGGUCUUCCAGAGGACCAAGGAGACACUCAGGGAUCACCCCGACGAAAGGCAGUUUGAUUUCUCGGAGAUGUACAUCUUUGGAAAAUUCAACAACUUUGGAAAAAGGAUUGAGAACAUGCAAGAAUUUUUGCGGAUAGCCAGGUCAUUUGAAACUCUUGGUCUAUCACAGAUUGAAGGUAUUCAGACAUACAACUCCCGCUUUGAUCUUCUGGUCACCAACUUGAAGAAGAAGGGAUAUGACCCUCUCGAACAUAGGAAGCCAGACUUUGACAUUGACUACUUGGAGUUCAAGGCGCAACUCAAAGACUUUGAGGAGCAACUUCAGAUGUUUAUGGAGCAGUACUUUGAGAACGCUAAAACAGUGCAGAGAGCUAUUGAGUUCACUCAAAGAUUUGAGAGACUUCGACUUCCUUGUCUGGACAUGAUGACCAAGUGGAGGCAUGCAAUGUCUCUCUUCUUGGACGAUCUACAGUUUGUCCAGAACCUGUACUCAGAGAACAAGGAGAAUCCGCCGAUUUCCCGUAACCUUCCCCCAAUCUCUGGCAAGAUAGCUUGGGCCCGACAGCUCUAUCGGAGGAUAUCUGGGCCAGUGGAAGUGUUUCAGAAGAACAAGGAGCUGAUGGCUCUCCCUGAGACCAAGAAGGCCAUUAAGAAGUACAACCGUCUGGCGAGAGUACUCGUCGAGUACGAGCUCAUCUUUGUGCAGGCGUGGGGACGUGAGAUUGAGGCGGGACGGGCCAGUCUCAACUCAACAGUUCUUGUGCGUCACCCGGAGACUAAGAGCCUCCAUGUCAACUUUGAUAGGAAGAUUCUUGAAGUGAUGAGGGAGAUAGAGGUACUCACGAAGAUGGGGCUCGACUUGCCCACCCAAGCCCGGCCCUUCGCAGCCCAAGAGAAGCAGAUGAAGCGAAAGCUGGAUAUAAUCUCGCAUUUGGUGUCAGAGAUUGCCAGGGUAAGAAGGAAGAUACCAGAGAUCUUCGAGCCCAUGAUGGUACCACAUCUGGAGCAAAUUGACAAGAUGAUUAGUCCCGGAUUAACCAUUCUUCGCUGGACCUCACUCAAUAUUGAUGCCUAUGUAGACUCUGUGACCACAUCGGUGAAAUCUUUGGAGCUGCUCAUCGACAGAGCCAUAGAUAUUUGGAGUAUUCAAAUCGAAGGGAACCUAAGUGCCAUUCAGAGCACACAACUGUGUGAGCUCCCCGAGAAUGAGCCAUGGACCAUUGAGCAGUUUGUCAACAAGACGCGGGUACAGUGUUCAAAAAUUGCUCCUCAACUGAACACCAGAUGUGGGAAAAUCGAGACAGCUACUCAAGACCUCAUCAAAACACUCCUCCCUGAGGGCAUGACCCUUGAAGACAUGGCAGCUGCACUAGAACCAAAAUCUGGGAUAAAUACACCCAACAGGAUGACCAUCGCCUCUCGUCUCUCGAUACUAGCAGAGGAAGAAGAGGAUUUUAAACCUGGAGAGAUCACGCAACAGAGAGAAGCAAAGAAGCGACAAGAACUCUACCAAGAAGCCGAAUUUCUUUUGGCACACUUCAAUCGAAAGACAAUAGACGCUCUGAUUCGCUGCACUCGCACCACACUUGAAAAUCUCAAGAGAAGAGUCACUUCCCCGUCUGCUCUCAGCUAUGGGGACGACGAUAGAAACAAAAAACUCGACUCUAGACCAGCAUUUAGAGUGAAACUAGUUUUGUCGAUACCACAAAUUACUCUCAAACCUUCCAUUGAGGGGAUUCAAAAUACAGUCAACACUGUAGUGCAACAGAUACUAGCUGUGCAUAAAGGAGUGAAUCAGUGGAGACAAGUGUCCACUAGUCCUCUUACUGCUCCCAGUUCCUCCAAACUGGCUGCUCAAAGUAAAGUGCUCUCUCCGACAACAGCAGGAGGGCUGGCCCAAGCUUCUGCUGCUGUGUUAGCUAUAGCUAAUUCAUCCGCCGUGCUAGACAAACCACAAGGUGCUCCAAACACUUUCUUUAAAGUUAUAUCUGAGCACAAGGAAACAGCCAAACUCGUGUCGAUGCUUUCUUCUACUAUCAGCUCAGCUAAAGGACUUAUCAGUCAAUCUUUGGAUCAUUUCAAAGUUUACGAGCAUCUUUGGAGCCUGGAUCGAGAGGAACACAUGAAGACAUUUCUCGAGGGUAAACCUGGACUGUCUGAAUUUGAGUCGGAGAUCAGAAAGUACAUGGAACUGGAGGAGAUUAUAACGGAGGAAGAGGAAGAGCUCACUGUCGGUGCACUCACACUCGAUACUGAUGAUCUUAAGUUGGCGAUGGUGGCCGAGGCCAAGGACUGGAAGCUACUCUAUGGCCGUAGCAUGAACUCCACCUACUCCGAGCUCAUGGAGAAAAUAAUGGAGCAGAUAGAGGACCUGUCUAAGCGCUUGUCUCGGAACGUCAAAGAUUUGGACGACGUUCGACAAGCCAUGGCCGCACUCAAAGAGCUGAGAGAGAAGGAGAUCUUUAUAGACUCUUCUCUGGAUCCUAUUGAGGAAUCCUACUCUUUAACGACUAAGUACCAGAUUAGUGUAUCCAAGGACGACUCUGAGAGGGUGGACUCUCUGAGGUUCUCCUGGGAGAAACUCAACACUUUAUCGACAAAAGCGCAGAAUCACCUGAUCUCAAUUCAGUCCAAGUUUCAGGCUGACCUGCUCAACAAAGUGGGCUCCUUCCAGACAGACACAACGGAGUUCUACGGUGACUAUGACACGGAAGGACCAAUGGCGGAUGGGAUUGAGCCAAGAGAGGCCAGUAAUCGGGUCGCCAUCUACCAGACACGGUUCGACGAGCUCUGGCGCAAGUACCAAAUCUACACUGAUGGGGAGGAGCUUUUCGGACUGCCUGUUACGGAGUACGAGGAUCUCAAUAGGAUCAAGAAAGAGCUCAACCUUCUUCAGAAGUUGUAUGGGCUAUUCAACACUGUUAUGGACAGUAUCGAUGGCUACUACGAUAUUCUGUGGAGUGACGUGGACAUUGAGAAGAUCAACAAUGAACUGUUAGACUUCCAGAACAAGUGCCGUAAGCUCCCUAAGGCUCUGAAGGACUGGCAAGCAUUUAACGAGCUCAAAAAGAAGAUUGAUGAUUUCAAUGAGACGUGCCCCCUCCUGGAAAUGAUGGCCAACAAAGCCAUGCUGGAGAGACAUUGGAAAAGACUGGAGGAGACAACUAGUCACAGUUUUGACGUGGAGUCUGAGUCCUUUCAACUCAGGAAUAUUAUGGAGGCUCCUCUACUGAAGUUCAGAGAAGACAUUGAGGACAUCUGUAUCAGUGCUACAAAGGAGAAGGACAUUGAGAUGAAGCUGAAGCAGGUGAAGGCAGACUGGGCAGUGCAAAACCUCUCCUUCUCUGGGUUCAAGACUCGUGGAGAGCUCUUGCUGAGGGGAGAGGACACAUCAGAGAUCAUUGGGCUCAUGGAGGAUUCUCUUAUGGUGCUAGGGUCACUCUCGUCCAAUCGCUACAACGUUCCAUUCAAGAAGGAGAUUCAACUCUGGGUGCAAAAGUUAUCAAAUUCUACUGAGAUUAUCGAGAGCUGGUUGAUCGUGCAGAACCUGUGGGUGUACCUGGAAGCUGUGUUUGUAGGUGGAGACAUCGCCAAACAACUGCCCAAGGAAGCAAAGCGUUUCCAGAACAUUGACAAGUCAUGGAUCAAAAUCAUGACAAAGGCUCACGAGAACUCCAACGUGGUGACAUGCUGUGUGGGAGAUGAGACACUCGGACAGCUGCUGCCCCAUCUCCUGGAGCAGCUGGAGCUCUGUCAGAAGUCCCUCACCGGCUACCUCGAGAAGAAGAGACUCGUCUUCCCACGAUUCUUCUUUGUCUCAGAUCCGGCACUCCUCGAGAUCCUCGGACAGGCAUCAGACUCUCACACCAUACAAGCCCAUCUCCUGAGUGUGUUCGAUAACACCAAGACAGUGACCUUCCAUGAGAAGGAGUACGAUAAAAUCACACACAUCCACUCCAGAGAGCCCGAGACCAUCGAGCUGGACAAGCCUGUGGUGGCCCAGGGCAACGUGGAGCAUUGGUUGGGUGCUCUGCUUAAGGAGGCUCUACAUUCAGUGCACGUGGUGAUCAGGAAUGCGUCUAUUGCUGUCGAGGACCCUAGCUUCGACAUGGUGGACUUCCUUGACGUUCAACCAGCUCAGAUCGGAAUCUUGGGUAUUCAGUUUAUUUGGACGAGGGACGCUGAGAUUGCCCUGAACAGUGCUCGCUCAGACAAAAAGAUUAUGGCCAGCACGGAUGAGGUAUUUCUUGAGAUGCUAGUCGCUCUUAUUGAUGUCACUACUCGGAAUCUUACAAAAAUAUCUCGAAGGAAGUUUGAGACGCUCAUUACCAUCCAUCUUCAUCAGAGAGAUAUCUUCCACGACUUGGUUACCUUGAAAAUCAAAUCAGCAACAGACUUCGACUGGUUGAAACAAAGCAGAUUCUAUUACAAAGAGGAAAGCAAUCAAACCAUUAUCUCCAUCACCGACGUUGACUUCAUCUAUCAGAACGAGUUUAUCGGCUGCACAGAGCGACUUGUCAUCACCCCUCUCACUGACAGAUGCUACAUCACACUGGCCCAGGCUCUCGGGUUCUCAAUGGGUGGGGCUCCGGCAGGACCAGCUGGCACUGGCAAGACAGAGACCGUCAAAGAUAUGGGAAGAGCUCUAGGAAAGUACGUAGUCGUGUUCAACUGCUCCGAUCAGAUGGAUUUCCGAGGGCUGGGCAGGAUCUACAAGGGUCUGGCUCAGUCUGGGAGCUGGGGCUGCUUCGACGAAUUCAACAGGAUAGAGUUACCCGUUCUCUCUGUGGCUGCUCAACAGAUUGCAAUUAUCCUCAUGUGUAGGAAGGAACGUAAAGCCGAGUUUGUGUUCAUGGACGGAGAUGUGGUGACUAUGAAUCCUGAGUUUGGACUCUUCCUCACUAUGAAUCCUGGUUAUGCUGGUAGGCAAGAGCUACCUGAGAACCUCAAGAUGAAUUUCAGACCCAUCGCUAUGAUGGUCCCUGACAGAAAGAUCAUCAUUCGAGUGAAGUUGGCCAGUUGUGGUUUCCUUCAGAACAUUGUUCUCUCAGAGAAGUUCUACACUCUCUACAAACUGUGCGAGGACCAGCUCUCCAAACAGGUCCACUACGACUUUGGACUCAGAAACAUUCUCUCCGUGCUCAGAACUCUCGGAGCUGCCAAGAGGGCCACCAAAACCGAUACUGAACUUACCAUUGUAAUGAGAGGUCUCAGAGACAUGAACCUCUCUAAGCUAGUGGACGAAGACGAGCCUCUCUUCAUGUCCCUCAUCAACGAUCUCUUUCCAGGCAUUGAGAUAGCCAAAGCUGUGUACGAUGACCUGGAGGCGGCCAUUGAUCAAGAAGUGCGGGAAGCGGGACUCAUCAACCACCCAUCUUGGACUCUGAAACUCAUCCAGCUGUACGAGACACAAUCUGUACGUCACGGGUUCAUGGUCCUGGGUCCAUCGGGCACGGGGAAGACCAAGUGUAUUCACAUCCUCAUGAAGGCUAUGACAGACAUCGGCGUACCUCACAAGGAGUGGAGAAUGAACCCUAAGGCUAUCACUGCCUCCGAAAUGUUUGGGCGUCUAGACGUGGCCACCAACGACUGGACAGACGGUAUUUUCUCAACUCUCUGGAGACGUUCACACAAGUUGAAAAAAGGAGAUCAUGUUUGGCUAGUUCUGGAUGGUCCUGUUGACGCAAUUUGGAUUGAGAACUUGAACAGUGUACUUGAUGACAAUAAAACGUUGACUCUGGCCAAUGGGGACAGGAUUCCCAUGUACCCGGACAGCAAAAUUGUAUUUGAGCCUGAUAAUGUGGACAAUGCAUCUCCCGCCACCGUUUCCCGGAAUGGAAUGGUGUACAUGAGCUCGUCUGGUCUGGAAUGGAAGCCCAUCAUGGAGGGGUGGCUUCUACACAUGCUGGCGGAGAAGAAGGUUACACAGUCCGAGGCAGACAUAUUAACAGCUCUUUUUGACGCUUCCUUUCUCGAUCUUUACCAGUUUACAAGUGUUAACUGUAUAGCAAAGAUGAAGCUCCUUCAAUGUAAUUACAUCUACCAAGCGUGUCAGCUCCUGGAAGGCCUUAUCCCAACCAAAGCCAAAGAUGAUAACACCUCACUUCCCAAGUCACAUCUAGAGAAGCUGUAUAUCUUUGCUGUUAUGUGGAGCAUGGGGGCACUCAUUGAACUUGACGACAGAGCCAAGGCGGAGGCAUGGCUGAGAGAAACUAAGAAGGACUUGGACCUCCCCGCCUGUACCGAGGGUUCAGGAGAUACUAUAUUUGAGUUUACUGUGGACAAGGACGGGAACUGGGAACAUUGGACAACUCAUGUUGAGGAGUAUGUGUACCCUCACGACAGCACGCCCACUUAUGCCUCCAUCCUCGUUCCCAAUGUGGACAACGUACGAACAGACUUUCUUAUUCAUACAAUCGCCAAACAGGGCAAAGGAGUACUUCUGAUUGGAGAGCAGGGGACGGCCAAAACGGUGAUCAUCAAGGGCUACAUGUCCAAAUAUAACAUAGAGGAGCAGAUUGGCAAGAACUUGACCUUCUCCUCAGCCACCUCCCCCGGCCACUUCCAGCGAGCCAUCGAGAGCUACAUUGACAAGAGAGUGGGGACCACGUACGGCCCACCAGCUGGCAAGAAAUGUACUGUGUUUAUUGACGACGUGAACAUGCCGAGAAUCAACGAGUGGGGCGAUCAGAUCACCAACGAAAUAGUCCGACAGCUGAUGGAAAUGAAAGGAUUCUACAGUUUGGAUAAACCUGGCGAUUUCAUACACAUCCAAGACCUCCAAAUCAUGGCCGCCAUGAUUCACCCCGGAGGAGGAAGAAACGAUAUUCCUCCACGUCUCAAGAGCAAAUAUGUUGUUUUCAACUGUACCCUUCCUUCAAAUGCAUCAAUUGACAAGAUCUUUGGCGUUAUUGGUUUAGGUCAUUUCUGCAAAGAGCGAGGUUUCAGUGAAGAUGUUAUCUCAGCUAUUGAAAGUUUGGUAGUGUGCACAAGACUACUCUGGCAGGCUACAAAAGUGAAAAUGCUUCCGACACCCGCCAAAUUUCAUUAUGUGUUCAAUCUCCGAGAUCUGUCUCGAAUUUGGGAGGGUAUGCUUCACGUUGACAAGGAUACUAUCACAGAUAAGAAAGGAGCUUUAGCUCUUUGGAAGAGUGAGUGUACACGUGUGAUAGCUGAUCGCUUCACGGCGGAGAAGGACAAGGAUUGGUUUAAUGGUGCUACGUACAGGGCAAUUGAGGAACACAUGGGACCCGAGGUGAAAGCAAUACUUGCUGAUGAGCCAUACUUUGUGGACUUUCUCAGAGAUCCUCCUGAGCCCACUGGAGAUGAGCCUGAGGACUUUGAGUACGAGGCACCAAAAAUAUAUGAAGCGAUUCCAGAGUACCAGGAAUUACAAGAUCGUCUGCAUAGCUUCCUCACCCAAUACAACGAAACUGUUAGAGGUUCAGCCAUGGAAUUGGUCUUCUUCAAAGAUGCCAUGGUCCAUCUGAUAAAGAUUUCUCGCAUCAUCCGCACGGACAGAGGAGCUGCCCUGCUGGUUGGUGUGGGCGGGUCAGGGAAACAGAGUCUCACUCGAUUGGCUUCCUUUAUUGCCGGCUACAAGACGUUCCAGAUCCAGCUGUCUCGCUCUUACAGUUCCAACAAUCUACUGGAAGAUCUCAAGGUCCUCUAUCGAAUUGCGGGAGAGCAGGGGAAGGGAGUAACGUUCCUCUUUACUGACAACGAGAUCAAAGAUGAAGGGUUCCUCGAGUACAUCAACAAUGUCCUCUCCUCUGGGGAGGUGUCCAACCUUUUAGCUAAAGAUGAAAUUGACGAGAUCAACGCUUACCUCAUCCCCGUCAUGAAGAAAGAGUUUCCACGAAGACCACCAACACCUGAAAACCUUUACGACUACUUCCUGUCUCGAGCCAGACAAAACCUCCAUAUUGUUCUCUGCUUCUCUCCGAUUGGUGAGAAGUUCCGAAGCCGUGCCCUCAAGUUCCCUGGAGUGUUCAGUGGCUGCACUAUGGACUGGUUCAGUCGAUGGCCCAAAGACGCUCUCAUUGCCGUGGCCCACCAUUUUGUUGGCACUUUCGAAAUCACAUGUACUGAUGAAGUCAAAAAUGAAGUUGUUCAGACAAUGGGUAUCGUACAGGACUUUGUUGCCGAGUCAUGCCUCAACUAUUUUGAAAGAUUCCGAAGGUCCACCUACGUCACUCCAAAGUCUUAUCUCUCCUUCAUCAAUGGCUACAAGGGAAUCUACCUAGAGCAGAAGAAACACUUGGACCAACUGGCGGAGAGGAUGAAUACUGGUCUAGACAAACUGCUGGAGGCCAGUAAGAGUGUGGCCGAGCUCUCAAAGGAGCUUGAGGUAAAAGAGAAAGAUCUAGUGGUCGCAAAUAUCGAAGCAGAGAAGGUGCUCAAGGAAGUAACAGUGAAGGCCGAAGCAGCUGAGAAAGUAAAAGCAUCUGUUCAGAUUGUGAAAGACAGGGCCCAAGGUGUAGCCGAUUUAAUAUCUGCAGACAAAGUCGUGGCAGAAGGUAAACUGGAGGCAGCUAAGCCGGCUCUAGAAGCGGCAGAAGCAGCCCUCAAGACUCUCAAAGCUGCAGACAUAUCCACUGUUAGGAAACUUGGCAAACCUCCCCACCUGAUCAUGAGGAUCAUGGAUUGUGUGCUACUGUUAUUCCAGAGGAGACUAGACCUUAUGGCCCAGGACCCAGAGAGGCCGGGCCCAAAGCCGUCCUGGUCCGAUUCUCUAAAGCUGAUGGCCCAAACCGGUUUCCUCCAAUCUCUCCAGAACUUCCCCAAAGACUCCAUCAACGAUGAAACGGUAGAGCUGAUGGCCCCUUACUUUGACAUGGAGGACUACAACCUGGAGACGGCCAAACGAGUGUGUGGCAAUGUGGCUGGUCUGUGCUCUUGGACACAAGCCAUGGCCGCAUUCUUUUCAGUGAACAAGGAGGUGCUCCCCCUGAAAGCCAACUUGGUGAUCCAGGAAGGCAAAUUUCAAAUUGCUCAAGGAGAACUAAACAUAGCAAACGCCCAGCUGGCAGAGAAAGAGAAAGAGGUGGCAGAAGUGAGAGCCAUGUAUGAGGCAGCCAUGCGUAAGAAACAGGCACUGCAGGACGAUGCAGAGACUUGUAAGAGAAAGAUGACAGCGGCAUCUGCUCUAAUUGAAGGACUGAGUGGAGAGAAAGUGAGGUGGACUGCGGCAUGCAAAGAAUUCAAGGCGCAGAUUAGCAGAUUGGUGGGUGACGUCCUCCUGGCCUCUGGUUUCCUCUCAUACUGUGGCCCCUUCAACCAAGAGUUCCGAAAGUUGCUGUUGGACUGUUGGAAGAAAGAACUCACCACUCGAAAGAUCCCAUUCACGGAGAAACUAAAUCUCACAGACAUGCUUGCUGACUCAACUACUGUGGGAGAAUGGAAUCUCCAAGGUCUGCCAAAUGAUGAACUCUCCGUUCAAAAUGGCAUCAUUGUCACCAAAGCAACUCGCUUCCCCCUCCUCAUCGACCCUCAAGGCCAGGCCAAGAAUUGGAUCAAGAACAAAGAAAGUACCCGUUCUCUUCAAACCACCACCCUCAACCACAAGUACUUCCGUGUACACUUGGAGGACUGCCUGUCUUUGGGGAAUCCCCUUAUCAUAGAGGAUGUGGAGGAGGAUCUUGACCCCUGUCUGGAUAAUGUCCUGGAGAAGAACUUCAUCAAAGCUGGUUCCACCUUCAAGGUAAAAGUUGGAGACAAGGAAGUAGAUGUAAUGAAAGGUUUUGCCGUGUACAUCACCACCAAACUACCAAAUCCAAAGUAUACUCCUGAGGUGUUUGCAAGGACCUCGAUUGUGGAUUUCACCGUGACAGUGCGAGGCCUUGAGGACCAGCUGCUGGGUCGUGUAAUUGUGGCUGAGAAGGGUGAGCUGGAGUCUGAGAGGGUGAAGUUAAUGGAAGAGGUGACGGCCAACAAGAGACAGAUGAAGGAGCUUGAGGAUAGCCUGCUUUAUCGUCUCACCACCACCAAAGGCUCUCUAGUGGACGAUGAGUCUCUUAUUGACAUGCUCCGAACCACUAAGAAAACGGCCGAAGAGGUCACUCAUAAGCUAAUGGUGGCGGCAGAAACUGAGAUCAAGAUCAACCUGGCUCGAGAGGAAUACCGUCCAGUGGCUGCUCGCGGCUCUGUCCUCUACUUCCUCAUCAUGGAGAUGUCUAUGGUCAAUGUCAUGUAUCAGACAGCUUUGCAGCAGUUCUUGGGCAUCUUCGAUAUCUCCAUGCAACGUUCUACUAAGUCACCAGUCACAGCCAAGCGUAUAGCCAAUGUUAUCGAUUACUUGACUUUUUCAGCGUUCAGCUAUUGUGUCAGAGGUCUCUACGAAGAGCACAAGUUCUUGUUCACUCUUCUACUAGCUCUCAAGAUUGACAUGCAGAAGGCUGCUGUGAAACACAGAGAGUUCCAGACCUUGAUCAAGGGUGGUGCUGCCCUCGACCUCAAUGCUUGUCCCCCGAAGACGUCCAAGUGGAUCACUAAUAUGGUGUGGCUCAAUCUUGUGGAGCUUGCUAAACUGCCUCAGUUCACUGAGAUUCUGCAUCAGGUUGGUCGCAACGACAAGGGGUGGAAGGGAUGGUAUGACAACGACCUUCCUGACGAAUGUCCCAUGCCGGAUGGUUACAAUGCAGUCUCCACAUUCUCUAAGCUUUUGCUCAUUAGGUCAUGGUGUCCUGACCGUGUGUUGCCUCAAGCAAGACGCUACAUCUCAGAAUCUAUGGGGGUUAGAUUUGCUGAGGGUGUGAUCUUGAAUCUGGAGGAUAUGUGGAAAGAAUCGACCAAGCGAGUGCCAAUGGUCUGUUUUCUUUCUAUGGGGUCUGAUCCCACCAACGGUAUUGACAUGAUGUCAAGGAAACAUAACCUGACUUUUGGCUCUGUGUCUAUGGGUCAAGGUCAAGAGGUUCACGCCAGGAGGCUCAUUGGACAAUGUCAACUAAAUGGUGGCUGGGCCUUGCUCCAAAACACUCACUUGGCUUUGGACUUCCUAGACGAGCUCCUGGCAACUGUCAUAGCGACAGAAAAUGUCCACGAGGACUUCAGGCUAUGGCUGACAUCUGAAGUACACCCGAAAUACCCGAUCAACCUCCUGCAGGCAUCUAUCAAGUACACGUUUGAGCCGCCUCAGGGCGUGAAGGCUGGUCUGAAGAGGACAUACACCAACACAAGCCAGGAGACUCUGGAGUACUCGAACCUCCCUCAGUGGAAGCCAAUGUACUACACUGUGGCCUUCCUCCACACCACGGUCCAGGAGAGACGCAAGUUCGGGCCACUCGGCUGGAACAUCCCCUACGAGUACAACCAGGGAGACUUCAACGCCAGCAGCCAGUACGUCAUGAACCUCCUAGACGACCUCGACUUAAAGAAGGGUGUGUCGUGGGGGGCAGUCCAGUACAUGAUUGGUGAGAUCCAGUACGGAGGCAGAGUGACUGACGACUAUGACAAGAGAUUACUCAACACUUACGCCAGGCUUUGGUUCAACGAGGGAAUGUUCAAGCCAUCCUUCAUAUUCUACAAGGGUUAUGGAAUCCCUUUGUUCAAGACUGUUAAAGAGUACAUUGAUUACAUUGAGAACCUUCCGCUAUCAGAUACUCCUGAGAUAUUCGGACUCCAUCCAAAUGCUGACAUCACGUACCAGAACAACACAGUAAAGAGUUCCAUGGACACGAUCCUCUCCAUCCAGCCCAAAGACAGUGCCGGGGGUGAGGGAGAGACAAGAGAGAGUGUGGUGUACAAACAGGCCGGGGAGAUGCUCGAGAAGCUACCCUCAGAUUAUAUCCCCCACGAAGUAAGGGCCAGGCUCAACAAGAUGGGUGCCAUUGCUCCAAUGAAUAUCUUCCUGAGACAAGAGAUUGAUCGCAUGCAACGUGUCGUUGCUGCUGUACGUAGUACACUCCAAGAUCUACAGUUGGCUAUUGAUGGAACCAUUAUUAUGAGCGAGAACCUACAAGAUGCUCUUGAUUGUAUCUAUGAUGCAAAAGUACCAGGCACUUGGUCUAGAAUAUCUUGGGACUCAUCAACGAUUGGUUUCUGGUACACUGAACUACUGGAGAGAGACAGUCAGUUCCGAACCUGGGUGUUUGAGGGGAGACCUGUCUCCUUCUGGAUGACUGGCUUCUUCAACCCGCAAGGCUUUGUGACAGCCAUGAGACAAGAGGUGACCAGGGCUCACAAGGGCUGGGCUCUGGACAGCGUCAUAGUCCACAACGAAAUGACUAAGUUAGGCAAGGAAGACAUCACUGCUGCCCCAGAAGAAGGGGUCUACGUGUACGGGUUGUUCCUGGAUGGAGCUGGCUGGGACAAGAAAAAUAGUCGACUGGUCGAUCCCACACCUAAAGUGCUCUUCAUUCAAAUCCCAGUGGUGCACAUAUUUGCCGUCAACCUCAAGGGAUUUUCGCUAGACCCGAAACUGUACAUAUGUCCAGUGUACAAGAAACCUCGUCGCACUGACCUCACGUACAUCACCUACCUUAGCCUGAGGAGCAAUCAACAUCCCGAUCACUGGAUCAUGAGAGGAGUAGCACUCCUCUGUGACACUAAGUAAUUAUACAUUAUGAGCCAGUAGAGCUUAGCUAUAAUUUAUCAGUUGUUAUUUUUAUGACAUAAUGACGUUUGCCUUGUGCAUAGUAUACCGUACGUACUAUAAUGGACGUAACUAAUUAUUUGUACACUUCAUUAUUUAUUUUACUUUUAUACUAUUUUACUUUUA